CUUUUACUCAUUGCAGCUCUGUGGGACAGUCUGGCAAAAUGAGCUUUUUACUCUCGGUUCUUCUUUCAGUGCUGGUUUCUAUUCUCGGUGGACUUUAUCUCCUGGGCGCAUUUCGCAGAAGACGCCCUGGAGAACCCCCGCUAGACCGAGGUCCCAUACCUUGGCUCGGUCAUGUCCUAGACUUCCGCAGGGACACAGCUAAGUUCCUUCAGAAAAUGAAGGAGAAGCAUGGAGAUAUGUUCACAGUGCAGUUAGCUGGCUUCUAUUUCCAUUUCUUAAUGGAUCCAUUGUCUUUCGGAACAGUGGUAAAGGAGGCACGAACAAAGCUGGAUUUUACCAAGUUUGCACAACAACUGGUGGCAAGGGUCUUUGGUUACCAUCCCCUAGAUGAUGACCACAAACUUCUACAAGCUUCUAGCAACAAGUAUCUGAUGGGGGACGGUUUGGUAGUCAUGACCCAGGCCAUGAUGAGCAACCUUCAGAACCUGAUGCUACACAGUGUGGGUACAGCAAAAGAUGAGAAUGAGUGGAAAGAAGAUGGACUUUUUAACUUUAGCUACAAUAUUGUGUUCAGGGCUGGUUACCUUGCCCUUUUUGGCAAUGAACCAGUGAAGUCUGCAGGCAGCUUGGAAAAAGCAAAGGAGAAAGACCGCAUUCAAUCUGAUGAACUAUUUUAUGAGUUCAGAAAAUAUGACAAACUGUUCCCUAAGUUGGCCUAUGGAGUGUUGCCACCAAAAGAGAAAAUGGAAGCAGAAAGACUAAAACGGUUGUUCAGUAGCAUUUUGUCUGUACAGAAUGUGAAUCAAAAGGAAAAUAUUAGUGGCUGGAUUUCAGAACAGCAGCAAGAGAGAGCUGAAAAUGGAAUGAAAGAGUCCAUGCUGGACAGAUAUAUGUUUUUGCGGAGGCUAACCGAGAUGUGCAGCGCCACAGUGGGACUGCAGGUGAACUGGCAUAACUGA